AGUAUUGUAUCAUUGAUUGAACCGCGCGUACAACGAAACCCGAUGACACAGAAGCACCACCUUCUUCUGGAUCUAUCCCAAAUCCCACUCUCCAAACCCUAGAAAAUUGAACUCUUCCCCUUUCCUUUCUCUCACGAUUCCUGUCAAAGAUUGUUCCUUUCACUCUUGCCCGGCGAUUUGAUUUCUGGGUUUCCGCAAUUUCGAUCUUAAACCUGAGGCUGUGGAAUUCGGAAUUCAGAUUGAAGUUAGUGGGGUUGAAGUAGGAUAGUUGCGUUGGCGCUGGCAAUGCCAUUGGUGUGGUCAGUGAGGAAACUUUCGGUGAUUUUUGUGAUACCGAAAAUACAGUAUGUCUUGGGCAGGCCCUGAGGAUAUUUACCUUUCCACUUCACUUGCCAGCUAUCUUGACAAGAAACUUCUUGUAUUGCUGAGAGAUGGUAGAAAGCUCAUGGGAACACUUCGCUCUUUUGAUCAAUUUGCCAAUGCAGUUCUUGAGGGUGCCUGUGAGAGGGUUAUUGUUGGCGAUCUGUAUUGUGACAUCCCUUUGGGUCUCUAUGUGAUCCGCGGGGAAAAUGUUGUUCUAAUUGGUGAGCUGGAUUUGGAGAGGGAGGAACUUCCUGAACACAUGACUCGUGUUUCUACAGCAGAAAUCAAGAGGGCACAGAAAGCAGAAAGGGAGGCCUCAGAUCUGAAAGGGACUAUGAGGAAAAGAAUGGAAUUCCUUGACUUUGACUAGUCAACCCUGAUUCAUCCUUCACCUUCCCCGUCCGCAAAUAUUAUAGCGGCUGUUCUUCAUAUAUUUUGCUUUCUUUUUCUCUGCUAUUGUUGCCUUUCAUGGGAGGGUUCAAUACUCUUGAAUUUUGUUCUGUAAUAUUAGCCUCAGGAAUCAUUACUAUCAUUCAUUUGCUUUCAAAAAAUUCUCAAUUAA